AUGUCAAUAAAUCAAAAUGGAAUAUAUUUACAACCACAACAGAAUAUAAUUUCAGCAUCUAAUGGAAUGAAUCCAACACAAAUUACAAUACCAACACAAUUGACACCGUCAAUAUCAUCAUUAUCACAACAAUAUCAACAAUAUCAAUUACAACAACUACAACAACAGCAACAACAACAAAAUAUACAGCCAAAUCAACAACAAACCAUUAAUAUUGAAUCACCAAUAAAUUGUAAUUUAAAAUUAAAUAAUCAAAAUUUAGAAAAGAUAACAACUUUUGAACAAUUUCAACAAUUGGAUGUUGUACAACAAUCACAAUUAUUUUAUCAACUUCAUGAAUCAUUUUUAAAUUUAUCAUCACAUGAUGGUAAACAAAUUGGUAGAUUAAAAAUUAAACAAACUAGUAUUGAUGUUAUAAAUUUAGAAAUUGAAUCAAAUCCAAAUUAUGAAAUUAUAGUUCAAAAUAGUACAAAGAAAUUUUAUUUUAAAGGUAUGAUAAAUUCAGUUGGUAAACAACAAGGUAUAUGUGAAGAUAGUCAUUUUUUAAGUAAAGAUUUUACAACGAUUGGUGUGGCUGAUGGUGUAGGAUCAUGGAGAUCAGUUGGUAUUGAUCCUGGUGAAUAUUCUCGAUUUUUAAUGAGUUUUAUAUAUGGCCAAUCAUUGACAACUCCUUAUUUAAAACCCUAUGAAUUAAUUGAAUCUGCCUAUAGGGAAUCUGUAAAUAUACCAGGUAGUUCCACAAUUUGUAUUUUAAAAAUUAUUGGUUCAAAAGUUUAUAGUGGUUUAGUUGGUGAUUCUUCUUUUAUUCAAAUUAGAAAAGAUCAAAUUUAUUUUAGGUCAAACGAACAAACUCAUAAACCAAAUUUUCCAUAUCAACUUGGACAAAAUAGUGUUGAUAAACCAUCUUCAGGUGUUUAUAUGGAGCAUCCAAUUCAAGAGAAUGAUAUUUUUGUAAUUGGAACCGAUGGAUUUUUUGAUAAUAUAUUUGAUCAAGAGAUAGUUAAAGCAAUCAAAGAGGUAAACUCUAUUGAAUCGUUUUUUAAAUGUUUAAUGGAAUUAGCAAAAUCAAAAUCUCAAGAUCCUGAAGCUCAAACUCCAAUAGGUCAAAGAAAUGGAAAAAUUGGUGGUAAAAAUGAUGAUAUUACUGUUGGUUGUUUUGUCAUUUCAAAAUUAAAUAAAUAA